GCCGUCAGGUGCACAGAUGAGUGACUCUACAUACGGCCGUUUGGGUGUAGUCUCAUUUAACACUCCCUCAUGUGGUGGACUAUGUCGGUCAGCAGCACGGCUGGCUUUGUAGCUUCCACUGCUUUGAAUCUCAUGUUACGGCAAAAAAAAAAAUAGCGGCUAGCUAACGUCAAUGUGCAACUUCCUUUAUUUUUUUUUUUAUAAAUCUCGCUGCUGUCUUCGGGGCUUGAUUUAAAGAAUUUUUCGGUCCGAGUUGUAGCAUCCAGAUUCAGAGAGAAUACGCUCCAGCUUUUGCAGCAGAUGACAGGGGACAUCAGGACUUAAAGCAUUCCCAGGAUAUACUACAAGACUGAGAGACAGAUUGACUGCUGGACCAAUAGAAGAUGGACUAACUGUCACAAUUCUCAUCAACCCCUCACCUCCCUCUUAUUGCCCACCUGUGGGGCCCCUGGAUGCCCCCCAGGCAGCAGGAGUGAUGUCAGGCGGCAGGCUGUCUGCUAGGCACCCGCUGUGGCGCCUCUUGUCACUUUUCCGCAGCCACCAGGAGCGAGUGGUGCUGAGCCGCAGCGAGAGCCUGCCAGGGGAGCAGGUGCUAAAGAUCACAGUCACAGAGACUACUGUGAUAGAGGCAGAGUCAGGGGUAUGGAACUGGCGCUCCGUAAUCUACCUGGGCCUUUGGUACUUCUUCAGCUUCUGCACCCUGUUCCUCAACAAGUACAUCCUGUCACUGCUAGAGGGAGAACCCAGCAUGCUUGGUGCAGUUCAGAUGCUCUCCACCACAGUCAUCGGCUUCCUAAAAAUGUUUGUGCCCUGUUGCCUGUACCAGCACAAGUCCAGAACCGAGUACCCCCCCAACUUCAUCAUGAUCAUGCUGUUUGUUGGGCUCAUGAGGUUCAGCACGGUGGUUCUGGGCUUGGUGAGCCUGAAGAAUGUGGCAGUGUCUUUUGCAGAGACAGUGAAGAGCUCAGCACCCAUCUUCACUGUCAUCAUGUCCAGGCUGAUCCUCGGAGAGUACACAGGACUGUGGGUGAACAUGUCCCUGUUGCCUGUCAUGGCCGGUCUGGGCCUCUGCACAGCCACGGAGAUUAGCUUCAACAUGCUCGGCUUCUCCGCCGCUCUCUCCACCAACAUCAUGGACUGUUUGCAGAACGUAUUCUCCAAAAAACUGCUAAGUGGAGACACAUACAAAUUCAGCCCUCUAGAACUGCAGUUCUAUACCAGCGCAGCAGCAGUCAUCAUGCUUAUACCCGCCUGGGUGUUCCUCCUGGACAUCCCAGUGAUUGGGAAGAGUGGGCGAAGCUUCAUCUUCAGCCAAGACAUUGUCCUGUUGCUGCUUUUCGACGGUGUCCUGUUCCACCUGCAGAGCGUCACUGCCUAUGCUCUCAUGGGACGGAUUUCCCCCGUUACCUUCAGUGUUGCCAGUACUGUCAAACAUGCCCUGUUGGUUUGGCUGAGCAUCAUCGUGUUCAGUAACCAGGUCACCAUCCUCAGCGCCAUUGGCACCGUCCUCGUGUUCAUCGGGGUCUUCUUGUACAACAAGGCCAGACAGUUCCAGAGGAAAACCUUCCAGGCCAUGGCUUCUGAGCAGAACCACAAACCACUUCUGCAGGACCAGAAUGUCCGAGCCCCUCAGCCACACUGAGGACUCGACACUUUAGACUAAAAUGCUGCCUGAAAUGA